GUUUUAAUAUUUUUUGAAAACGAGGGAAUCAAGCCUGUGUGGACAGUGAACGAGCAACAAGUGCGAGUGAAAAUGCUGGCGACGACGCGGAGAUUGACCAAGCCGUUGAUGGCGGGCGCACGUUCGUUCGCGGCCAAGGGCAAGGGCGGAGCUGCUGUGGUGGAGGAAGUUGUGGAUCUGACCAAGGUGGUGCCUACCAACAUCCUAAAGGACGGCGCCCACCCGGAGCUCAAGGACAAGUCCGAAUACCCGGAGUGGCUCUUCACGCUGCUGGAUCCUAAGCCCACGCUGGGCGAACUGGAGCGCACAGGAUUCGACAACCUGGACAUGGAGGAGCAGCACCGCUACCUCGUGCUGCUCAACCGCCGGUCGGUCAAAGCCCACAACGCUGAGAAGGCCAAGAAGUAAGCAUACACAGACUAUAGACGAAGAGCGCAGGGACGGAGAUGGCAGAGUAGGAAGGAACACAGGUGGAUGCAUCGAAUCAAAAAUGGAGACGUGUGUGUAUCGGGUUUUCGCAAAUGUGUUAAUGGUGCCAAUGGGGUAGAGAUGUUACGGAAGUUGUGCUGUUCCAAUUCCUUGGCUGGCUGUUAAUUGGGCGUUUUGAUACAGCUUCAGAUGAUGCAGUGUCUUGAAUUGGAACAGGUAUAGAGUUACCGUUGAUCUCAUGCUUCUACUGCUUUCUGACACAACGUCCAAAUUUGAUACGAAAACAAUGGCCUAGGACGUGCUCGGAAAUCCUCCAGGCACGAGCUGGAUCACACAAGGAUACGAUCGUUAUCUUGUUAGCUGCAUAGC